AUGCAUUUAUGCUCUCUCGGCGGCGCCGCCGAACUCAAUUGCCCCGCCGCCGCCGCUCGGGCGAGGAGAACCUGGUGGCCCGGACAUGGGGGGUCCCGAGGAGGCGGCAGCCGUUUCCUCUGCUGCUCGAGAAGCCUCUCGGAGGGUUGCCCAUCUGCUCCUCGUCUUCAUCCUCAUCCUCUCGGUGGCGCCGCCCCUUCCGGCGGCGGCGCGUCUCUGGUCUCUCUGCCUCGAGCCCCAUCGUAUACGGAGCCGGCGGUGGCGGAGUACUCGAAGGAGCUCGAUGUGGCCGUCAGAGUGGUCCAGAUGGCCUGCUCCCUCUGCCAGGGAGUCCAAGAAGCGCUGCUGGGGAGAGGGGCAGACCAGGUGAAGGCCAAGGAGGACGACUCUCCGGUCACCGUCGCAGGUCUCAUCACGUCCCUCUCCUUGUCCCACUUUUUCUUCUUCUUCUUCCUCUGAAUCUCAUCUCCCCCUGUGCUUUCGAUUGGAUCACCUGCCUGCCUGCUCCUCCUCACCGGUCCUUUUGACAGCAAACAAAACCCCUUUCUCUUGGGUUUUAGACCCCCAUUCGUCUUCAGAGUUCGACGGAGAACUGGUUGGUCUCUUCGAGCAUGCAUGCUGCUGCUGUGUUCCACCAGGAGUUCCAAAGAUUGCAGGCGAGCUACGCCAUCCAAUGAACUCCGCAGCUCUUCCACUUCAAACAAAAUCUUUCUGCUCAUCAUCCUCUCGACCUACAGGGAAACUGGCCGGCCUCUUCUUCUCUUCGCUCUUCCCCCAGUUCAGCAUAAAAUGACAAUGGGGAGCUAGAAUCUCGAAUUCUGAUCAGUCUCUAGGAAACCUAUUCUUGCUAGAUAUCUCCCUCUCCACCGGAGCUCGAGAAGGGCUUUUUGAUGCAUUCAAUGGAUUUCAGAUGAUUAUACUCUCGACAUCUCUGAAGGUCGGAGAACCCUCUCUGCAGUCAUGAUCAUCUCUGAAUUCUCUGUAGAUCCCUGAAGAACUCGUAUUCAAUUCCCGCUUCGUUUAAAUCUGACAUCUUCCGAACCCUCAACCGGAUGUGGGCGCCCUGAUCAUCUCUGAAAACAAGGCUUCGAAUCCUUUCUGUAUGCCGCCGUCUGGUUCUUGCAUAAUUGAUGGGUGUGCUCUUGAUUUUCACUUGCUUUCUCCCUGACGAAGAUGGGUCUGGCAGCAUCAUCAUCAUCAUCUUCUUCUUCUUGUUCAUCGUCGUCUUUUUUUUUUUUGUUUCUGGGUGGAGCAGAUUGGAGCGUGCAAGCUGCUGUUAGCUGGCUUCUGGCGGAGAGCUUCCCGGGGGAGCGAGUGUCCAUCGUGGCGGAGGAGGACGUUCGUUCGCUGUUGGAGGAGGAGGAGCAGACCGGUCCGCUGCUGGACUCCGUAGUCAGCGCCGUGAACGGCUGCCUGAGGGAGGCGGCGGCAUACGGGUUGACGGCGGCGGCGCCGCCGGAGGGGGGCCUGGGGCGGCGGGAGGUGCUGGAGGCCAUCGGACGGUGCAACUCUGUGGGAGGCCCGGAGGGGAGGCACUGGGUGCUCGACCCCGUCGACGGUACGCUGGGCUUCGUCCGCGGGGACCAGUAUGCGGUGGCGCUGGCCCUCAUCGACGGCGGCGAGGUGGUGCUGGGGGUGCUGGGCUGCCCCAACUAUCCCAUGAGGAGGGAGUGGCUCGACUACCACCACCGCUACUACAGGGCGGCGGCGCGCGUGGCGCCGGCGGCGGCAGCGGGGGGGUGGCACAGGGGCUGCGUGAUGUACGCCCGCAGGGGCGCCGGCGAGGCCUGGAUGCAGCCGCUGGGACCCCACCGGGCCGCCGCCGCCGCCGCGAGGCCUGUCCGCGUCUCCACCGUCGACGACCCCGCCGCCGCCACCUUCUGCGAGCCCGUCGAGAAGGCCAACUCCAGCCAUGCCUUCGCGGCCGGCCUCGCCCGCUCCGUCGGUCUCAGGUGGGUCGGUCCCAAACAAAUCCUUGUUCCUCCAUCCUCCUAAAAUCCUCCUCCUUCCUACUGCUGCUGCUCCUGAGGGUCUGAUUCUUCUUCUUGUGCAAAUCGGUGAGCAGGAAUCGGCCGCUGCGGGUGUACAGCAUGGUGAAGUACGCGGCGAUCGCGCGGGGGGACGCGGAGAUAUUCAUGAAGUUCGGGAGGUCGGGGUACAGGGAGAAGAUAUGGGACCACGCGGCGGGGGUGCUCAUCGUCCAGGAGGCCGGCGGCGUGGUCACCGAUGCCGGCGGCCGGCCGCUGGACUUCUCGCGGGGGAUCUUCCUCGACGGCCUCGACCGCGGCAUCGUCGCCUGCUCCGGCGCCUCCCUCCACGCCAAGAUCAUCGCCGCCGUCGACGCCAGCUGGGACUCCUCCGAGCUCUAA